UUGAAGGUGUCAGCAGAAGUGAGUCCCACCGCAACUCACAGUGCUCCAUGUUGCACGAAUAAGUGUCAGCAAGUAUGUUUUCGUUUUGGAGAAACCUGAACGUAACUCGCAGUGUUAUUUCUACGUCUUACAAUGGGGCUGCAGCGGACUUCCUCCUCUCUCUACGGCCAGCUGUGACUGUCUGCACAAAUCCCAACAGGAAUUCCUCAGGGAAACGCUACAAUGUGCCCCCGAGCGCCGAGUUUGUUGCGAGGGUGUCAGGGAUCCCCACCAUGGCCAAGUUACCCUACCAGGAGACAGCGGACGGGCUUGAUGCGGCGUUUAUCGGCGUCCCGAUUGAUACCGGGACCUCCAACCGACCUGGAGCCAGGUUUGGUCCCCGGCAGAUCAGAGUGGAAUCUGCCAUGCUGAGAGCUUACAACAGUGGCACCAGGGCUGCACCGUACGAGUCCCUCAUGGUGGCUGAUAUUGGGGACGUCAAUGUGAAUGUGUACGACCUGAAGGACACCUGCAAACGCAUCAGGGAGGCCUACAGAAAGGUCCUGGCUACUGGCUGUAUUCCUCUGACUAUGGGUGGCGAUCACACAAUCGCAUAUCCAAUCCUGCAGGCUGUUGCUGAGAAGCAUGGCCCUGUGGGUCUGGUCCAUGUGGAUGCUCAUGCGGACACCAGUGAUGUGGUCCUGGGGGAGAAGAUUGGACACGGGACUCCAUUCAGACGUUGUGUGGAGGAGGGGCUACUGGACUGCAAGAGAGUGGUCCAGAUCGGCCUGCGUGGUUCAGGCUACUCUGCAGAUUCAUAUGAAUGGAGCCGGGCGCAGGGUUUCCGUGUGGUGCAAGUGGAAGAGUGUUGGUUCAAAUCUCUUGCACCUCUGAUGGCUGAGGUCAGGGCUCAGAUGGGCAGUGGUCCAGUGUAUCUCAGUUUCGACAUCGAUGCUCUUGACCCGGGCUUUGCCCCUGGAACAGGCACACCAGAGAUAGCCGGACUUACUCCCAUACAGGGAGUUGAGAUUAUUCGGGGCUGUCGUGGUCUAAACCUUGUUGGAUGUGAUCUAGUGGAGGUGUCUCCACCCUAUGACACCACAGGGAAUACUGCACUGACUGGUGCCAACCUCCUUUUUGAAAUGUUGUGUGUCCUUCCAAAAAUUAAAUACCUGUGAUCGGUACAGACCACACAGAAUGGGACAGGGAGUUGGUUAACAAUGAAUACAGGUACUUCAAUGGAGGAAAAAAGAGCAGGCUGCCCUGCUGAAUAAACUGCAACAAUUACAAUUUAAUGUUUUAAUCAAUAAACAUUAAUCAUUUUAUUACAUCCAUCCAGAUGAUAAAUGCAUGGUUCUCAUGUUGGAGAGGUUGGAAGAGUCGCCUUGUAUACCGUGUUCUUGUGUACUAAAACUAAAACUGGGUGACAUGUACUUCCAGAUUAAUGUAUGUUUUGUGUUGACAACCAAAGAAAGAUACAUGUGAAGAAGAAAACAAGAUGAUAAAUGCACUAUUGACGAGUAAUUGAAAUGUCCAACUGUAGCAGACAUGAUGUACACUAAGUUGUAAAUAAAAUUUGGAUUCAAACAAACACAAAACUCACCCACAACAUUUUGAUAAAUCCAUGUAUCUUUAAAGUUACAUACCAUCAGGUCCUGAUAUGAUUAUGUACAAUGUUUACAACUCCAAAUACCAACAGAAUUAUAUUAAUUACAUUUUUACAGUCAUGUUGACUAAACAAAUAAAUAAAUCAAGCACACAAA